UACUAUUAUUAUUAUUGUUUAUAAACAGAUCCCAUUGGGUAAUGUAGGAGAGGUUAGUGAAGAGAGAGAGAGAGAGAGAGAGAGAGAGGAGUGAGAGAGAAAGAGAGCUGGGAGAAACGCGGAUUCAGUUCCUCUUCUAAUCUUUCUAUGAUCUAAUCUAACAAUUUAGGAUUUUUGGAGAAGAGGAAGAGAUAGAAGAACAUAUACAUAUAUAUGCUGAGUAAUUUAUUUAGGGAAGAAAAAAUGGAGUUUCUUCAUAAGGAUUUUGAGAUGCCUCUCCUGCGAGAGCUCUUAAGAUCCCAAUCUUAGGAAAUUUGGGAUUUUUCUGUGGCAACAAUGUCGCGACCGCUCUACCGCGGCCUCUCCGGCGGAGCUAAAUCCGGCGGCGGCGGUGGCGGCGGCAGCGGUGCUUUCGCCGCCCGUGACGUGUUCGACGAAAACGACAAGCCCAAGGACUCGGCCGAGAACGGCUUCGGCCACGAGCUCUCGAGCUUCGCGAGCUUCGGCGGCGGCGUCCGGAGCCGGAAAACCCAAACCCUCCUCCUCCUCAAGCUCGGCCUCCUCUCCCUCGUUGCCUCUGUCCUACUGGGCUCGCUGUACUGGGCCCUCUCCAUCUCCUCCUCGUCCUCCUCCUCCCGCAACCACAUCCACCGCGGCUACCGCCGCCUCCAGGAGCAGCUCGUCGCCGAUCUCCUCGACAUCGGUGAGCUCUCCCUCGGCCUUCCCAAGUCCAAAGAGAUCGAAUUCUGCUCCCCGGAGUACGAGAAUUACGUCCCCUGCUACUACAAUAUCUCGCAAACUGCUGAUUCCGUCGAUCUGGGCCUGGACGGCCCCGCGGAGUACGAGCGGCGCUGCGCGCGGGAUUCGCCGGCCAAUUGCCUGAUCUUGCCGCCCAGGAACUAUCGGAUUCCGCUGCGGUGGCCGAGCGGGAAGGAUUUUAUAUGGAAGGAGAAUGUGAAGAUCACAGGGCAAGAGUUCUCAUCCGGGAGCUUAACCAAAAGGAUGAUGGUGGAGGAAGAGCAGAUCUCUUUUCGGUCGGAUUCGCUUAUGGUGGAUGGAGUGGAGGACUACUCUCAUCAGAUUGCUGAGAUGAUUGGGCUGAGGAAUGAGUCCAAUUUCAAUGAAGCUGGGGUCAGAACUGUUCUAGAUAUAGGGUGUGGGUUUGGUAGCUUUGGAGCGCACCUUUUCUCAAGGCAGCUCUUAACCAUGUGCAUUGCGAAUUAUGAGGCCUCGGGUAGCCAAGUCCAGCUCACACUAGAGAGAGGCAUUCCGGCAAUGAUUGGUUCUUUUGCAUCAAAGCAGCUCCCUUAUCCUUACCUUUCCUUUGAUAUGUUGCAUUGUGCCAGAUGUGGGAUUGAUUGGGAGACAAAAGAUGGUAUUUUCUUGGUUGAAGUUGACAGACUUCUUAGGCCUGGGGGUUAUUUUGUCUGGACUUCACUUAUGAUUACUCAUAGAUCGCUACGCGACCAUGACAACCAAAAGAAGUGGACAGCGAUUCGUACUUUCGCUGAAAAUCUUUGCUGGGAGAUGUUGUCACAACAAGAUGAGACAGUUGUGUGGAAAAAGACAAGUAAAAAGAAAUGUUACAGCUCUAGGAAAGGUGGGCCUGUGGUCUGUGGUAGGAGCCACGAUACUGAAUCUCCAUACUACCAGUCACUAAAUCCCUGCAUAGCUGGAACUAGAAGUCAGCGUUGGAUUCCAAUUGAAUAUCGCACACCUUGGCCUUCUCUUGUCAGAUUAAAUUCAACAGAACUUGAUAUACAUGGUGUGCACCCGGAGGACUUUGGUGAGGAUGCCGCAAACUGGAACUCAGUCGUUCGCAAUUACUGGUCUCUUCUUUCGCCUCUGAUAUUUUCAGACCACCCAAAGAGACCCGGUGAUGAAGACCCUCAACCACCUUUUAACAUGCUGAGAAAUGUGCUUGACAUGAAUGCUCGGUUUGGGGGAUUUAAUGCUGCUUUAUUGGAUGCCGGAAAAUCCGCAUGGGUGAUGAAUGUUGUGCCCACAAAUGGCCCUAAUUAUCUCCCGCUAAUUUUCGACCGAGGGUUUGUUGGUGUCCAGCAUGAUUGGUGUGAAGCGUUUCCGACCUAUCCAAGAACAUACGAUAUGGUUCAUGCUGAAGGACUGCUGUCCCUUGAAAGGCAUCAGAAGCACAGGUGUUCAAUGCUUGACAUUUUCUUAGAAGUUGACCGCAUUCUACGACCUGAGGGCUGGGUAAUACUUCGUGAUACAGCUUCUCUUAUGGAAGCUGCUAGAUCUACCAUUACGCAGCUCAAAUGGGACGCCAGAAUGAUUGAUCUCGACAUUAACAGUGAUGAGAAGCUCCUAGUCUGUCAGAAGCCCUUCUUCAAGAAGCAGUUAUGAUACUACCAAAAUUUUGUAGCCCAAUACGGGAUAUGAUGUCUGCUCGUAAGAGAUGGUGGUUCAGAACAUAAAAAUGAGGCGAGAAGAGUACCGUUCGGUGAAUGCAUUAUGUACUCCUACGGAACCGCAAGGAUUCCGUGGGGUUGUAAUUAGGGCACGUCGGAGAGGGAAUAGUCUACGCUAGGUUUUCCACGUCGAAGCUUACUAUUAGAAUACAAAGCGGAAGCUGCUAAAGUUAUUUUUAAGAUGCGAAGAAGCAUAAGUAAUAAAGAGAUGGAUGAUGCUGCAGUGUACAUCGUUCGCGGCCAAUGUGGCAGUUGUGGGUAAAUUCUUUUUCUUGGUCACAUUCUUUGUAGUAGUACUCGCUCUUUUUGUUUGUACAUUUUGUGGUAUGUAAUACCUGCUUAUUCCGGGUCAUUGCCUGAAACAUCAAACAGAUUAUUUUUAGAUAAUGAUAAGCCAGCUGAUGCAUUUCUCACUAGCUGUUAUGGUUA